GAUCCAAAACUGCGCGAACUGUUGGAUGCUGGGAACCUAGGAGGUCGACUGGAAAAUCGAAUGAUAACUGUUGUCUAUGGUCCAGACCUGGUGAAUAUAUCGUACUUGAACUUAGUGGCAUUCCAAGAGGAUAUAGCAAAGGAAUGGUCAGAUGAAGUGUUCAGUCUGGCAACAAAUCUGUUGGCACAGAACAUGUCAAGGGACGCCUUUCUGGAAAAAGCUUACACAAAACUUAAGCUGCAGGUGACUCCAGAAGGGCGCAUUCCGCUGAAGAACAUAUACCGCUUGUUUUCCGCUGACAGAAAACGAGUAGAGACCGCGUUAGAAGCUUGUAAUCUUCCAUCUUCCAGGAAUGAUUCAAUCCCUCAAGACGACUUCACGCCAGACGUGUACAGGGUGUUCUUAAACAACCUCUGCCCUCGGCCUGAGAUCGACCACAUCUUUUCAGAGUUUGGUGCCAAGAGCAAACCGUACCUUACUGUUGAUCAGAUGACGGAAUUUAUAAAUUUUAAGCAACGUGAUCCACGGUUAAAUGAAAUCCUUUAUCCACCGUUAAAACAAGAACAAGUUCAGCAGCUGAUUGAGAAGUAUGAACCCAACAGUAAUUUAGCAAAGAAAGGACAGAUAUCGGUGGAUGGAUUUAUGCGGUAUCUGAGUGGCGAAGAAAACGGCGUUGUUCCACCUGAGAAACUGGAUUUAAAUGAAGAUAUGUCUCAACCACUGUCACACUAUUUCAUCAAUUCCUCACACAACACCUACCUCACAGCUGGACAGCUGGCCGGUAACUCAUCGGUGGAGAUGUAUCGGCAAGUGCUUUUGUCAGGCUGCCGCUGUGUGGAGCUGGACUGCUGGAAAGGACGAACAGCUGAAGAGGAGCCGGUCAUUACACACGGAUUCACGAUGACAACUGAAAUAUCCUUCAAG